GUGAUGGAGACCGGUCUGCUGUUGGACGUGUUGUUAGCUAACUGCAAGGAUCGGUGUGCCUUGCUAGAUGAAGUUUGCUGGCAGGAUGAUGAAUUAUUCCCCGAGGUCGAUCGAGUGGAAACCUUGCAGUUAAUAGUACAACGCUUAGCAGGAGAGGUACAGUCUGUUGGCGGAGGGGAUGACUGUGUUGCUAAGACCCGGUUACGGGAGAAGGUCCGGUAUAUUGCUUGUUCCCGCUGUCUACCUUUAUUAAGAAGAUUAGGUGCUUCUGGGACGGCACUGAAUAGCAGGGUUGGGUUGGCACGGACUGUUGGAAAAUUGCUGAGUUGCUGUCUCGAAAUCUGUGGAAAAGAGGAUACGAUCCAGCAAGUCUUGUAUGCUGUUUUAUCUAGCAUGCGUAGUGACGGUAGCAUCGAUGAAGGCAGAAAAGUUUUAGGUGACUGUUUAGAAGUGGACACGGCAAUCGAAGUGUUUAGGUGCAUGUCCUCACUAAUUUCUCUAACAAGACAUCCAGAUAUUUUGGAUCAGGUUAUUGCUGCUGUAAUGGGAAUAAUCAAAGGAGAACUUGACAAAUAUGUUACAGCUGUUGUAGCAAGGCUCCUGCCUUCGCUUAUGCAAAAUCAAUCCUAUGCUUCAUGUGUGAUUCAUAAGCUUUGGAAAGAAUUACAAAACUGGCUGUCAGCAGGCUUGAACUCAACUACUAUUACUCGUAUUUUGCUGUGUUUGUGCAGUUUAGCGGACUAUUUCUUUCCUACAGUAGAUAGAGAUACAGAAGUUGUAAUUGACCUGCGAUUUUAUAAUGAUUUCUGGAAAAUUGUACAGUUGGGGAUUACGCACGAAGACAGCAUCUCCCGCAAACGAGCCACCUAUUUGUUGAAAAGAGCAGUUGAUGUGUCAGAUAAACUGAAAGAUUCCUGUGAAAGUUCACAGGAUAAAGUUUCCUGUUUAUUUUGGUGGUCCUCUGAAAACACUGUGAAGCUUUUGCAUUUCUGGGAAAAUUUCAUACUAAUAUUGGAGACAGUAGAAGAAAAUCAGGUUCAUGUAAUAAAACCCAUUUUGCCAAAGCUGAGCAACUUAAUAGAAUCGUCUGUUUUGGAUAGUGAAGGUUAUCCACUAUUCCAUGUUUCUUGGUUCACGUGCAUAUAUACACGAAUGAUCCACAAUGAAAACAAGACCAUUAUGAAAGAAGGUGUUACUCAUUUUCUGAAUCUGUCAGUAUUUGAGUAUUCCUUGGUUUCACUAGGAUUUGCUGAGUUUGUUUCUGGCCACUUGAUGGAUGCUCUGUCAGACAGCAACUUGUACAACAGAUCACCAGAUGAACCGUUAGGCACAUGCCCUUCUGUAGGAUUACAGUUGUCGAAGUUUUUUCAGUUGUUUGUUAGAAGUUUACCAGAAGAAACACAAGGUCAGUUUGUGUUGCACUUUGUUCAGAAAAUGGCCAGUCGUCACUGGUAUUCUGUUCCCAUUUUUUUCAUCUCCAAAGCCCUUGCUUCUAUUCCUGCAUGCAAACUUUGGGGUAAAGAAGGCCUUCUUGCUCUUAGGGAUAUUUUGCAGUGCACCAUGAUUACACACCAGGUACUUCUGCGAGCAGCAGCUCAGUGUUGCCUCCUGCAGAUUGCUAUGAAUCUGACUGAUGUGUCUCGAGUAACUUUUGAUGAAGUUUCAACCUUUCUAAUGUUUCUAAGACCAGAGGAGUCUCUAAGCAGAAAAACUUCUCUGUGGAAUCAGCUCUGUGAGUGGUUACGUGCCAAUGAUGGGUGCUUCUUGCUGACAGACAGUAAUGCUUCUGCAGAGCUCGCUCGGCCUGCCCUACAUGUUUAUGUGGAGAAACUUGUGGAACAAUACUUGAAAGUUCCUUCAGUCCAGGCAGGAGAUUGCUGUCUAAUGCCAGACUGCUUCAGAGCAAGACUUGUUGCCACAUUGAUUGUUUUAGCGUCAGAUGUGGAGGAAAGGAACAAAAUGGGAAGUGAUGCAGAAGAUAAUAACCAUGAGGUGCUGGCAUGUUUUUUAUACCCUCUUUUGGAUGCUUUGUCUAAGUUGAACACUUAUGCUUAUAUGCCAACUCUGAAGACUGACAAGAGCCUACAACUUCUCUUAAAGCUAUUGCAGAUAUGUUGCCCUCGACAUCCAAGUGGUCAGAUUGACCUGGUAUUAUCUUCACUACAAACAUCAGUGCUCUCUGUUGCAGAACAUGUUUUGGAGUUUAUUCUGAGAAGAUUGACAAGUGAAUUACAUCAAAUCACUGAUCUGGAUCGUUGUGAUUUGUAUAUUGCUGUAUUGCGAGAGCUGCUGAAAGUACAUGCUGCAGUAGGCUGGAAAUGCGCUUCUUACACCUUAAGCUUUAUAGCCUCAUUAACUGAGUCUUCAAUUCGGAAUUUGCAAGCGACUAGCAGAGAGCAGGACCCAGACCUUGCUUCACAGAUUCAGAAAGUAGCUAGCAUGGCCUCUCUAGCAUGGGUUUGUGAAACUGCUAGUCAAAAUGAAGAGCUGCAGCUGGACUCCCUGGCUGCAGUAAAGCUGCUGAUAAGGUACAUUUCAUCUGCAGAGAUUAACCAACUGCUAAGAAAACCAAUGAAUACUGAUGACAGCAGUAGGGGUUUGGAGGAUGGUACAUCGGCUCGAGGCUGGGGAAGAUUGGCUGCAAGAUAUUGUCAUGAUCAUUGGAUAUGUUUACAUUUUGUACUACAUCAAUAUAGCAGCUGCAUUCAGUCUUCAAAUGUCCAACUGCCAGAAAGUGCAAGGCUGCAUUUGCCUGCUGUAGAAGAUUCAGAGAGAACCCUGAGGUUUGCAGUAGAAGCCCUUGCUAUUCUACCUUCAGAUAAUAUUUUGCCAGUUUUGCGAAGUAUGAAGAUCCUAGUUCCAAAGCUUUGGAGCUCUGCUGAAUCACUUUGUGUGGAAUGUAUGGAAACAGCUUGGAAAGUUAUUUUAAGUCUAAGUAACAACCAGCAAGUUUUCUGGCCCAUUCUGAAGGCCUUCAUUCGUUUUGUAUUCGAUCAGCAGCUUCUUGCUGUUGAUAUGACACAAGGUCAUCAAGUUUUUAUGAAACUUAAAGAGCUAACACGUUCACUGAUUGAAAUGUCUCGGGCAAAGACUGGAGUGUUUAACUUAUUAAUACAACAUUGCUGCCAGGUGUGGCUUUCUUCUGCUUCCAAUGAUGACCUUUUGCAGAAACCUUUCUUGAGUGCCAGGAAUCACAUAGAAAUUGUCAGUGAAGCUUGUGUAUUUGGAUAUGUCUUCAGGAGAGACCAGAGAUUACUUCAAGAUGUGCAUACGUUCAUUGAAAGUCUGGGGGAUGAAUGUGCUGCUAAUGCCAUCGUGGAAAGCUGUUACCGAGAUGACCAGUUUGUCAGAGUUACUGUCAUUGACUUCCUCUGUCGCUUGGAUGGAUCUGAUGUUUUACAUAAGAAGUUUAUAGAAGAUCUUGUUGUCCAGCUCCUUGAAAAAGACUUUCAUGUUGUGCAAAGCACUGUGAAAUGGCAUUGCAACUCUCUGCAACAUUACUUAGCAAACAGAGUGUGGCUCACCAUUCCAUUAACUUUUCCUCAACUACCCCAGGAAUUUGUGAGCAAAAUAGUAGACACGAUUUAUCAAGCUGGCUAUAGCAACAAUCAAGCCUCUGUGAAGUACUUAAUAGAAUGGACUAUCAUUUUACUUCUGCAUUCCUACCCACAGUUCCUUGACAUGUUUUGGAAUUGCUUUUCCUAUGACCAAGAGAAAAUCAAAACAAGUAUUUGUACAUUUAUGUCCGUUCUGACUCACUUCGAUAUUAUUCUUCUGAAUGUCUCUGAUAAGACACCUUUUUUAAAGAAAGCGCUUGAUGUCAUCAUUCUUUGGUGUUUUCAUCACAAUUUCAGUGUUCGGCUAUAUGCUUUGGUGGCCCUGAAGAAGGUCUGGAGCAUUUGUCUAAUCUUGCAUGAAGAAGAAUUCAAAUCACUGAAACCAGUCAUUGAAUCCUGCCUUCAGCAGAUUGGAAACAUGCAAGGCACAGGGAAUGCUAGAAAGAAUUGGCAGAGAAUACAAGAUCAUUUCUUUUUUGUGAACUUGCAGCCACUGAAGGACUAUAGUAUAGAAAUAUUAUUCUACAUCCUUCCUAGCCUUUCAGGGCUUCCUGAGGAAGAGUGCAUACCAACCUGGAAGUUUGCCAGGUUGGCUGAUGUUUCAGGAGAAUCCACUGUCCCAUUGUACAGUUUUGACAGUGGACUCCAUGGCGUUAAAUGUAAUGACUGGACUCAACAAGACAAAGAUUGUUCUUUGGUGGAUAUGGAUAGCCCGCAUGAAUGGGCUGAUAUUCAGAAAAAGAUGAUCCCUUGGAAGAACAGUAUUCCUGAGCUUGACUUGGAAAUGGUAUACAAGGAGCGUGCUACAAGGCUUGGAAAAUCAAGUAGCAGCCUCAUUGUUGUAGCUUCGCUUCUUGACAAGCUGACCAAUGUUGGAGGGCUGUGUCGUACAUGUGAAAUAUUUGGAGCCUCUGCAUUAAUUGUAGAAAGCCUACACUGCACCGCUGACAAGCAAUUUCAGUCUUUAAGUGUUUCUGCAGAGCACUGGCUUCCUCUUAUUGAGGUAAAGCCACCUCAGUUGAUUGAUUAUUUACAGCAAAAGAAGACUGAAGGCUAUACAGUCGUAGGAGCAGAGCAGACUGCAAAAAGCUGUAAUUUAACAGAAUACAGUUUUUCAGAAAAAACUCUGCUGUUGCUAGGAAAUGAACGUGAAGGAAUUCCAGCCAACCUGAUCCAGCAUCUGGAUGUAUGUGUGGAAAUUCCACAGCAGGGAAUCACUCGGUCUCUGAAUGUUCAUGUCAGUGGUGCACUGUUCAUUUGGGAGUAUACCCGCCAACAAAUGCUGAAACACAAGGCUCAGCAGAGUAACUCAAUACAUCUUAACCACUGAGGACAGUAAAAGCAAAUGACUUCAGGGAUGUGUAGGCUAUACAAUUAUGCAGCUCUUACAGAUGUUUUCAUUUUUGCCUCUGAUUAGGAUUAAUUCUGAAACACAAGAAAAGCUGUGUCAGUAUGCUGCCCUCAUUCUGGUCAUCUGUAGACUUGGAAUGUAACUGAACAUUCCCAUUGGUGCUAACAAGUUUUGGUAAAAAGUAGUGUAAGGCAAAUAUUCAACUUAACAGUAGUAAUGAGAAGUAAAGGAGGUCUUAAUUUAA